CUUGUUACUUAAUGAUGGUCAGGAUUUGAGUGGCAAACCGAAUGAGUUUAUAGUGCAAAUUAAAAAAAUUGAAGAGCCGCCUAAUCUCGAUGAAUUCCAUACUUAUGUGCGAGAACCUUUCGUUGGGAUUCUUCAAUAUGGAAUGUUUGCAAGCGCUUUAUGA